ACUGAAAGAAAGAAGAAAAAACAAAUGAUUGAGUAGUGAGUGCUUUCUAACGAGGGAGGAAGCGAACCAGAGUGUGAAUCUGAAACUGAAACCCUAACUUAUAACAACGAUGCAUCGUUUUCUCUCUUCCAUUCGCCAUGGCCGUGGAUCUUCCCUCAUUUCUCUUCUUGCACCUAAGCCCUCGCUUCCAUCCAACGCUGCUCUACGACAUCACCGUUUCUCGCUGUUUCCCCAAAACGACGAAUAUGUUAGAGGAUUUUCAAGUGUCAAUCGGGAUUGGAGGAGGAAUAAUCUGAGCCAGAAUGUGAAUGAAAAUGUGAAUUCUCAUCGUGAUUUUAUCCAAGAUUUAAAGAACAUAAACUCCAGAAGUGGGAAUAAUCUGAGCCAGAAUGUGAAUGAAAAUGUGAAGUCUCAUCGUGAUUUUAUCCAAGAUUUAAAGAACAUAAACUCCAGAAGUGGGAAUAAUCUGAGCCAGAAUGUGAAUGAAAAUGUGAAGUCUCAUCGUGAUUUUGUCCAAGAUUUAAAUAACAUAAACUCCAGAAGUGGGAAUAAUCUGAGCCAAAAUGCGAAUGCAAAUACUCCUCCAGAUUUUAUGAAUGAUAAAGAGAACAUAAACUUCAGAAGCGGGAAUGAUGCUGAGACUGGCCAGAAUUCUAGGCCUAUGGAUUUUGUAAGAGGAAUUAUUGAGGACGAUAACGUUAUGAGGGUUUCUUCUCAGUAUCAUUAUGAGCAGGAUGCUGAUUUUGUUCACAUAAAGAUGUUGCGUAACAAUACCUUUGUUACUGUAACAGAUUCUAAAGGAAAUAUAAAACUCAGUGGUUCUGCUGGUUCCUUGAAAGAGAUGAAAGCAGGGCAAAAGCUUUCAAGGUAUGCUGCUGAAGCAACUGCAGAAGUUGUUGGCCGAAGAGCUAGGGGUUUGGGGUUGAAAUCUGUUGUCAUGAAAGUGAAUGGAUUUACUCAUUUUCGGAGGAAAAGGCAAGCAAUAAUGAGCUGGAGGGAGGGAUUUACUGAUUCUCGAGAGGAUAGAAAUCCAAUUGUAUUCAUUGAAGAUACCACUCGAAAACCCCAUAAUGGCUGCAGACUCCCAAAGAAACGACGCAUUUAGAUGUCUGUUAUUGGGGCGGUCGAAGAAGCUUUAUUUUAUUUGGAUGCAGAUUGCACAUGCUGAUGUUUUUACUAAGCAUAUUUCAUUAUGAUUCUAGUUGCUACUUGUAGAUUAUAUGUUUGCUGCCUCUUGUCUACCUUUACAUUUUGUACCAUUAUCAAGGUUCAUUAACUGGUUUUUCUGUAGCAGUAUGUACCGAUGGGCUUUUCUCAAUAUAAGGUUAUGGUAA